AUGGUAGCCAAUCCACUUCUAUCUUCAGCUUGUUCAAUUAAGUGUUGACAAAACAUCCUGGAAGCUGAUUGGUUUCUGUUCAGAGUUGCACCAGAUUUUGCACUCUCCAGUUUUAGCAAAUCAACCUCAUUGGGUAUUGCUGUGCCUCCCUGGCGGUAUUCCCGAGUGUAGCUCGGGGUAAAGUUUCAGUACCACAAGGGGUAACCCCGAGCUACACUCAGGAAUACCAUGCGGCGAUGCCCUGCGAUCCCUCGAUCACUUACCUUGUCCUGCGCUCCCGCAAUGUCCCUCCUGCAGUGUCCCCGGCCAUCUCCUCUGGCGGAUGCCGGCAUCUGUCAUCUGGGUUCCGUCCCCUGCGGCGUCGGGACGUACGGGGGAUGGAACGGCGGGAAAUUUGAAAAUGACAAAAAGUGACAUUCACUAAAUUCACUAA